AUGAUAUCUCAAAACAGCGGCUUCCACGCACUUGUAUUGGGAGCAACAGGCAUAUCAGGCUGGAGUCUCACUAGCCAGCUUCUCCAUAAUUAUCCGCGGCCGGGAGUAUGGAGCCGCAUAACCGGCGUGACGCGAAAAGCUAUGAGCGACGAGGAAAUGUCGUAUUGGCCGAAAGAUGAAAGGUUCACGCUGGCCUCGGGGUUCGAUUUGCACAAUGAUAAUAAAGAGGUAUUGAAGCGGAAGUUUGAGGCGAAGGUAAAGGAUGUGGAAAGUGUGACACAUGUUUAUUACCUGGUACAUGAUCCUCCUGUCGACUUUGACAGCUCAGAUCCUUUUGCUGUUACCCUCGGCGGGCUCAGCAGGACUCUUUCAGUCAUCGAAAACUUAGCGCCGGGCUUAAAGUUUAUUCACCUCCAAUGCGGCACGUUCAUAUAUGGAGUAUGCUUCACAGACGACUUUUACCACCCGGUUCCUUUAUCUGAGGAUCUACCGCCCAUCAGGGAGCCAUUGUGCAACAUGCUUCACUAUCAAGUCUGGACAGACUUCAUGAGGGAUUUCUCGAAAGGCAAGAGCUGGGGAUGGUGUGAGACAAGGCCUGACGAAAUAAUUGGCUUCGUUCCUCGAAUGAAUUCUUAUAACGCCGCUCACCCCAUCGCCGUCUAUCUCUCACUAUUUGCAUACAUAAACGGAGAAAGAGCAGAAUGCCCGUUUCCUGGUAGCUUCGGCACAUGGAAAGCGUUGUCUAACCAAGCAGGAGCUGAGAUGAUUGCGAAAGCAGCUAUACACCUGUCGUUAUUGGAUGAUCCGUCUGUCAAUGGGCAAGGAUAUAAUGUUGCUUCCUCAGCUACUCCCUCUAAUUGGGAAGCAACUUGGCCAGCCAUUUGUUCCUGGUUUGGCCUUGUGGGAAAGCCACCCGUUGACUGCGACAAGGACAAGACCAGAUUAUCAGGGCCGGAUGAAUAUAUCCGUGUGCACGAGAACGAAUAUAAGAGGAUGUUGGACGAGUACGGUCUAAAGCAUUGGCCGGCAGUUUCUCCAACGAUGGAUGGCUCGCCGAAUUGGGGGUUGACCAAGCUAAGUUUUGACCGACAACUCAACCUUCAGAAGCUGAAAGCAACUGGAUUUGCGGAAGACGAGAGACUAGAGGAGAGUUGGAUCCGUGCCCUGGAGCUGAUGAGAAAGGCGAAGGUGAUUCCAUGA